GAAGAAAAGAAAGGAUGGAAGGUCAAGUGACAGAGGAAGCUGUGAAGUCUAGAGUGGUGAAAGUGGAUUCGUUGGAAUCAUGGGAUUUGUUCAUUAGCCAAGCUAACUCCCAGCGCUGUCCUGUGGUGGUACAUUUCACUGCAACCUGGUGCAUGCCGUCGGUGGCCAUGAAGCCAAUCUUGGAAGAGAUGGCGUUGGUCCAUCAGAAUAUCUUGUUUCUUUCCGUAGAUGUGGAUGAAGUUAAGGAGGUGGCAUCGAAGAUGGAGAUAAAGGCGAUGCCGACUUUGUUGCUGUUAAGGGAGGGAACCCAAGUAGACAAGCUCGUUGGGGCCAACCCUGAAGAGAUUAAGAAAAGGAUUGAUGGUUUUGUCCACUCAUUCCGUGACUUAUUAAAAUGAGUUGAAAUCUUCGAAACAUUGAUGGUGUGGGAUAUUUUUUACAAUGUGAUGAUGCUAAUGAUGACCUAAUCUUUGUGAGAUG